AUGCUCGGUAUCGGGCUGGCGUUUGACCCAGGCGCCAGCCAUCUAGACCCCUUCUUCGAUCCUCACUGCGCGAUGAGCCGGAGAGACAUAGGGCAGGACCUUUCGGUGGUGCCGUUUGCAGCGGUUCCGGACCUGAUGAGUUUUAACUUGCGGCGGGUGUUCAAGGCCCUGCCGCUCGACGAGCAAGUUCUCAGAUCGUUUGCCCUGGACAGCUUUCCAGAGCCCAGAGCCGCAAUUGUCAUGCUCAGGGGACGAGAGGUCAUGAUGCGGCGCACCGAGGCCGUGGUCUCUGAUCUGGGGCUCCCGCGUCCUCAAGACAGCAGCAUUUUGGCAUGGAUGCCCGACGGGCACAUCAUCGGCACGGAGCCCAUGCCGCUGUGA